GUUAAUUGUGAAACUCUCUUUAACGCAUCACCUCGUGGCGUAAGUCCUGUUUUGUAAAGUUGUUUGUGUUUUUUGUAAAGUUGUUUGUGUUUUUUUUUGUGGUAUUUUAUAACUUUUAUUUUAAAAUGCCAAGUUGUUGUGUUCCUUUGUGUGGAAAUAAAAGCCGAUUGUUUCGUCUUCCAACAGGUGUUAGUAAUAGGGCUAGAAGAGAGAUGUGGGAGAAUUUAAUAGGCCGGGACGAUUUGAACGACAAUUCCAGAAUUUGCGAAUUACAUUUUUCUGAACAACAAUUUGAAGCAAAGCGAGCAGAUGGAAGGAAACUGUUGCGGCCGAAUGCUGUUCCAGAUGUAUUAAAUAAAAAUGUUGGUGCUUGUGUUUUAAUGGACGGCUGUACUCCUUUGACAACUGCUAGGGAAAAUGAAAUUUUUGAACUUGAAAGCUGUAGCAACAAUGAAAAUGUAAAUGUUGGUUGUUUCCCUGAAGUGGACCCGUUAUUGGACCAAACCAACAUAGUGGAAGAAUCUCAAACGUUGAUCGAAAAUUUACGUAACGCUUUGAGAAAAGCUUUACGGGAGCGCAAUAAAUAUAAAAAGGCACUGGAAAAUUGUGUCAAUAAUUUACAAGGGACAUUAAACGAGGAUCAAAUUCAAUUUAUUCAGACUGGCACUGCCAGAGAUCAACUAUGGUCAGAAGAUACAAUGACAAAAGCACUGAAAUUGUAUUUAGCUUGUGGCGCGAAGGGUUAUGAAGAAAUACGACGGCAGAAAUUGCCAUAUCCGAGCAUUAGGACCAUACAACAACGUCUUCAAGGAAUAACGCUUAAACAUAAAUAAAUGUUUAUUUGAAAAAAAUCUACAUUUACGCUUUGUACGCAAGUAUCGAGUCCGUUAAUUUUUAUUUAUUUAUUUUGAAUUUGGCGCGGACACAAUAUGGCGCCCAAUUGCGGUAUAAUAUCUAGUGACUUUAGUGGGAGCUUAAGAUGACCGCCACCAUGCGGUAGUUAAUUGUACUAUUUGCACUAUCAACUGAUGUUUGACAUGACAUUUGACGUAUAUUCCCCCUCAUAUUUCAAAAAGACGUCACAAAACUUAACCUAUAAAGCUGACAUUUUUGACAACUUGCAUUCAAGGACAGUUUUACGCAAAUUUCAUUCAUUAUUGGUCGACCUUUGUGAAUAGUUUCAUCAUAGUGUCCAGUAGACGGCGCUAGGAACUUUAAGUUCCCGUGGCCUCCUGGGAUCUCUUCCAAAAAAGACCAUUUUAAACUGGGAGUUCGCAGACCUGUUAUAUACGGCCGUGGUUCGGACUAUUAUUGACAUCUCCAAAAAUAAGUCAUUUUUCGCCUGCUACAAAAACAUACGGUACUUCAAAGAUUAUUUUAGAUUAUCUACCAAAUAAUACAGUAGGAACCCCUAAGAUUCUUUGAAAAACAAAACACAAGGAAUCCCGAAGAUUUUCCCAUAUUCUUUAAAACUAGAUACUAGAAGCCCAAAUAUUCUUUCAUAAAUAAAACACGAAUACUCUCAAAGGCCCUUUCAGUCUUGAAAAGGAUAAACAAAACAAUGCCUGAUUAGCAUUAGCGAUUUACCAUAUUUACGACACAGUAUUUAUUGUGUUUACUACUAUAACCUUAACUGUAUGCAAGAUUUCAAAGUAAUAGGUUACAGUUUUUAAAUUAAAUUGUAAAAUAGUGUUGUUUAGAAGCUAAGAAAAGGUAAAAAAUAAGGGCAGAUUAAUCCACUACAAGUACAUAAGUAAAAAUUAAGUAUGUUUUAUUUUGCAAAAUUUUCACGGCAUCAUUUGUCUUUUAGGCAUAAUACUUUUGUUCGAGAGCUCAGAGAUAAAAUGAUGAUAGCUUCGAAGGACUAUAAAAUAAAAAACACUGUGUGAUAAUAAAUGAAGAAGUAUUUAAUUUGCACUAGCGAGACACUACCCAUACAAUUUGUCACCUUAACGGUUCUGUUACAAGUCUGAGAAUAAUUUUAAAAGUAGUUGGGGGGGGGGGGGGGGGGUUUCACCACCACUGCACUUGCGUACAUUGCAAAGAUCUUAACAACUUUUUUUUAAUAUAAGAUUUUUUCUACAAACCAUAAGAAACCAACACAAUAUGAACUGGCGCUAUUAAAAUGCAAAUAUAAUGGGAAGAACAUAUUGAAUCAUCACAAUUGGUCACUUAGGUUUUGAACAGUGAUGUUUCAUGCAUUCUGAAAAUAUGGAAAAUCGAAAAUUCAAUCAAUUUGAAAAGGAUUGAUACAACAAGGAAAGACAAUACAGAAUACUGUUUCGGUUUCAUCCCCUUGAAUUCGCAAGUCUGGACGUUUUUACGUUUAUUUUUUUAUUAAGUACCUACUUUAUAUCAAACUAUUUCCUGUAUCACCACGACCACGCUAAUCUGAAAAGAGCUGGAAUUAGACCAUAAUUUGUUAAUACAUACUUUCGAAGAUUAAUUUUUGUUAAACACUGUCACCAACACACAGAUAGAAAAGGAAAACCUACUUUUUUAUAUUGUCGGAUCUAUGAAAAAGCACAAAAUUAACCUAUUGUCCGUAGACCGUGUUACAUAUGUACAGUUGUGCUCAGAUAAAUCCCAUUCAGAUGACAAAGUGAAUUUGUAUUCAUGCUAAUGAUUUUGUAAUGAUUUUGACACAACGCAAAAGCGAAAUUGUACCGUGGAGGUAGGAUGAGAGGAGAGAGCAUGUCUCAUUUAACCAAUGUCAACGAAACGUCGGCAAAAGAGAUCCACGCAAGAGCCAUUUAUGACCCUUUCCGUACUUCAUCGGAAACGGUCGGUUGUCAACACAGGAUCAGAGACGAUGCACUUUGGUUAUGAAUGGGUUCACAGGUAGCAAAUAGUAGAAUUUGAACCUUACCCAUUCAUGAUCUUUACCAUCAAUUAAAUACAAUACAUAUGUACUUAAUCAAUGUCAUUAACUUGCUACAUGUUAAUUUUUGUAUCGCAUGUCCAACCUCUCGACAAACGCUUUCGAGCAAGCCGCUGGAACAACCAGUUUCUCGGAGGAGCUGGAAGAGGGAUUUAUGAUCCCAGUCGAAAGCGGGUAUCAGGCGCAUUUUCAAACUGUCUUCCCUCCUUUCAUUCUACCUCCAUGGGUUGUACGGGAUUUAUAUGAGCAUGCUGUACUUCCCAAUGAAAUUCGAAAAAUAGAUUAAGGUCAAAGGUUCUGCAAAGAUGUAUAUGUAUUACUUGCAUGUUUUGCAAACAUUCUAAAUAUGUAUUAUAAACUGUAUGCCUCUAAAGCACGUUUCUGUCC